AUGACAACUAAAAAUAUUAAUUAGCUGAAACUGAAUGCUCUUACAUAACCAUCCUACUAAAACAUAAGAGUCUCAAGAAAUGCAGCUAGAUAAUAAUUAACAUAUAUUGGAUAUAGUCCAAAAUUAAAAGGAAAAAGUCCAAACUGUUCUUAAUCAUAUAUACCUUCUUAAUUAAUAUAAAUAGGGUCAUCACCUAAAGAAAAAUUAUCUUCAUUAGUCAAUAUAUCAUAAUCAGAUAGAAUUGGUUAUUCAUUUAAGAUUCCUACCUUAAGGAUUAAAUCUAAAUGCUUCAGAAAGAAACACUCAACAACCCGUUUGGGAAUGAGUUCCUAUGAUAUCAAUUUAUAAACUAAUCUAUAAUCCAUUUUCGUUUUCAAAGGAUCAAUUCAAGAUAUGAGUCAAUUCAAAGUCAUUCUUAUGUAAAGAUCUGAAUUGCAGACUAAAUAAUAUUAAUAAGAUAUUUAUCAAACAAGAUAAAAUUUAUUAUCAAAGAUGCAAUUAGGAUUAAAUGUUCCUAAAAUUUUCAAUUAAUUAUCAUUGGGAAAUUAUGAAAUUAUUUAGUUUACAGAAGAAAUUCCAUUAAAUUGUAACACAUUAAUAUUAAGUAACACUGUAAAUAAAGACUUUUGGACUAUUAUUUUGAAUUAUCACAAUCUAUAAUUCACUCUCGAAAAAUUUGUAAAACUUUUAACAAUCGUAAAUAAAAUCAAUGAUAUUAAUGAUCUUUAAAAAUUCAUUUUUGAUAAAGAUAUAUUUUAUACAUAUAUGGAAAUUAAAGAUAUUAUACCAGAUGAAUCUUUAUUAACAAUGAAAAGAAAUAGUGAUGCUAUGAAAGAAUAUUAUAAAAGUAUUCAUGUUUAUGACCAUCAAAAAUAAAAACUAAUAGAUGAAUCUGCUUAUUAAUUGUAUUCAGAAAGAAUAAUCAAUUUACCAGAAAUAGAAAAAGAAACUAUAAGAGAUUUUACUAUUGCUUCUACUCAUCCUAAACCUAUUGAAUUCUAAAAAAUUUUAGAAAAAGAAGGUUAUUAUAAUCCAAGUAAAAAAAGAUCAUCAAGUAGAUGUAAGUUAUUAAUAUUCUAAUAGAUCUUAAAUUACCAAAUUUUAAAACAUAAUAUAGUGAGAUUUUAAAAUAAUAAACCAUUAAACAAAAGAAUCAGUAUAAUUAUUUAUUGAUAACAGAAAUUAAUACACAAAUAUUCCAGAUCAUAUUGCAAGAAAGCUUCCUCAUAUGACCAAUUACAAUCUUCCAUUAUUAAUGUAAGAAACAGGAUUUGAUAGAUAAGAAAUAUAUGAAGUUUAUAGUAGAUAUAAAGCUUUACUUAGUUAUGAAUGUUAAUAAAUUCCAGGAUUAACUAAACAAAGUAAUUUAUUUAUUUUAAAUAAAAGUGAUACCAAAUGGAAUUUCAAGGGAAGCAUUUAAUGCUGGUCUAGAAGAAUUAUCUAUGGCACCACCAGGAGUUGUAGACUAGAUAUUUAAAUUUUUUGCAAAACAAAAUACUUUAACUUUUGAAGGAUUUUUGAAAGCAAUUAAUUUAAUCAAAGCAAAAAGAAAUGAUAAUAAAAUAGAAUUAAUAUUAAAAGUAAACUCAUUUAUUAUAGAUUAGUUAAUUGAUGAAAAUGAAAAUGGAUCUUUAUCCUAUGAUGAAAUCAAAAAUAGAUGUAUUUUUAUGAUGGAAGAGAUGUUAAAAGAUUCAAAAGGUGAACUUAGCGUACCAAAUAUGGUUGAAUAUGUUACUAGAUCAAUUUUUGAUGUUAAUACUAUAAAUAAUUAUUUAGGCAGUAAAGAUGAACUAUGACUAAGAAAUUCCGAUUGAGAGGAUAAGAAAACUGAUAGAAAGUAAAACUCAUGAAGCUUAAGUUCUAAUUAUGAUGUGUUGCGGAGAUGUCGAUUAUUUAAAAUGA